AUUUGUCCUGUCGCCCGACCCGUACGUAUGUUUCCGGAAAUUCAACGUGCUUUGUGGGUGAAGUUGAACUUGUGAUUUUGUUGUUGAUGUAACUAGUCUUACACAGCUGGCUGGAUAUCGGAAUUUGUCUAUUUUACCGGACAGCUUAGAGUUGUCUUUUCAGCAUCGUCUUCCAAAGCUGAACGCAAUGUAUACAUUUUGUGGAAUAGCGAGUUGAAUUUAACGUCACUAUAUUUGGAAAACUUUACCUCCUAGCGUAACGUUAUUAGCUAGCUGGCUAUUUCCUUAACGUUUCUUUGAUUGCAAAAUGGUUCCAUAGCGUCCUCAACUAAAUAUUGCAUUUAAGGCAGUUAAACAGAGUAGCUUGUUAGGACCGGUCUCGGCUGGGGCGAUGUUCCACCUGUACCCUUCCUGAAUCGAAUUUAAGAUGUGGGUACAUGUAAUGUAAACAGUUAGUUUGUAAUCCACCGCUAAGUGAUAACGUAUUUUGGUUGUGUACAGCUGUACAGUUGGAAAGCUGAAAGGAAGGCUUCGUUUACGAGCCAAAAUGUCUGAGGUGAUAUUGACAUUUCAGUCCCAGUUGUCCGGCGUAAUGGAGACUGUUUUUAAAGCAGCGAUGUUUGAGAUCACAAGGCUUGUAGAGGACAGCUUCCUAGAAGAAGUGUCCCGAAGCAGAGAGCAGGUCGAGUCCCUGAAGAAGAGACUACAGCUGUCUGAGAGCAAACAUAAAGACCGUGAGAACGUGCGCCGGGUGCAGUGUGUAAACUGCGGGAAGACAGGAGUUUCUACCGAGAACGCUCCAGAGAGUAACUUGGGGACACAAACUAAUAGAGGUGGUGGGCUGAAGCAAGAAAAGGUCCAAGAGGAUGAGUGGAACAGCUGUGGUGGCCACACAGCAGAUGGUUCCACCAAUGCAGAUCAAGAAACAACCGGUUCCAGUCGUUCGACUGUGGAUAUUGCCACUGGCAGGGUAAAGGUAUAUUCACAACUCAAACAGGAGACUUUGCGCAAUGUGCAGGAGCAUCCUGAAAAGUGGAGUUUGUGUAUGGAAGAAGAAGAGAUUUUGCAUUCAUCUGACAGAAAAUGUGUCAGCGAGGAGCAGCUCCAACAGUGCCAGGAGGAAUGGGGCUCUGAACCAGUGAACCGGUCCCAAGAACCUGGCCCAGAUGGGGAAGGAAAGGACCUGCAAGGAUUGCCCUACAGAUCCCGGUACAGUAUGGAUGAGCUUGGUGGUUUUGAGACAUCUUACAGCAGCCAGGUCCUAGACAUGAGUGAUCUGGAUGGUUUGGCAAACUCUCCUGUGAGAGAGGAUGAUGCUCUCAGCUACAGCACAGUCCAGACUCACCUGCCUGCUGACUUGGGUGUAAUGGUAGAGGUCAGUCGGCGUACACAUACAUCUGGCUCCCUGAGGGGGAGAAGGGGUACUGUCAGGGGCCAUGGACGAUCACCUGCUGAGGUUUCAAGUGGAAACACCGGCUCAGCAGACCUCAACUGCUUACUUAUCAACGAGGAUGGAUACCUGGAGAAUACCAGUGCCAUAUACCAAAACAGUGGGGAAGCAGGACAGCGGGAGCAUGGACUCCUCCCUAGCAGUUCAUCUCUGGACAAUCCUGAACAGAUGUAUGCAGGAAACCCAUUCAGUCACACACCACUGACAUCGACAGAUGGCCUGGUUGAACGCAGUAGUGGGGAGGAGAGACUACACACUUGCAGUCAGUGUCUGAUCAGCUUUCCUGAUGGUAGAUCCCUCAAGGCCCACAUGCAGUCCCACCGUGCUGGGUCCUCUGGCCGUUUCUCCUGCAAUCAGUGUGGAAAGUCUUUCACACAAGCCUGCAAUCUUAAAGUCCAUCAGCGCAUCCAUCAGGGGGAAGGCCUCCAUCUGUGUAGCCACUGCGGGAAAGGCUUCUCCUCAUUCAGCGAUCUCCAGAAACACAACUGUAGCCAUGCUGUGGAUAAGCCAUACUGCUGCUCACUCUGUGGCAACAAGUUCAGCCGCCUGUGGAACCUAAAGUUGCACCGGCGUAUCCACACCCAAGAGAAGCCACACUGCUGCACACUGUGUGACAAAAGUUUCACCCGAGCAGACAUACUGAAGGUCCACUACCGGACGCACACAGGAGAGAGGCCGUAUUGUUGUACGGUGUGUGGCCUCAGCUUCAAACGCCUGGACCAUCUAAAAUCCCAUCAGCGCAAACACAGGCCUGACCUCAGGAACUAAGAGUUAAAACAUGAGCUGGUGUUUGAAAUAUCAGUAGAGGGCAUAUGUGAUGGGACCAGAUAAGAAAGUUACACACAGUUGAGGUCAGAAGUUUACAUACACUUAAGACAUUAAACCUUAAAAAAUCACCACUUCAGAAAUGCCAUGUUACCAUAAAUGUCUUUUGGCAAGUCAGUUAAGAUAUCUAUCUUAACUGCGUCAAUUACCGGCACGCGUCAAUUAUCGGACACAUUUGGCGUUGUCAUGUUUACAUUCACUCUCGUGAUCAACUUUGGGCAACUAUGGAAAGAAACAUAAGCUCCCGCAAAAAUAUGGCAUUUAAGCUUUAUGUUUUACUCUUUAGACCUAAUUUAAACUUGUGAAAUAGUGUUGUACUUUUGCGUGUACCUUAUAGUGUGGAACACUUAAAUAUGUGGAAUAUUUAAUUUGGUCUUAAAGUUGUACUGUCAGAUUUGUUCUCUCCAAGAACAAGUUUAACUGUAAUUUCAAACCGUCAUUUCAAAUGCUAACACAGCUAGCAUGAUGUAAUGUAAGUACGGAUGCUCACAGAGACCAAAUCCGAUUACUCUGGUCGUUUAGAUUAACGUUUGCUUGUCAAAACAUAUUGUGACAGUCAUUUGUACAGAAAUUAGACUGGUAUAUGUAAAAGCAGGAGGAAAGCAUAUUAUCUCGAAAACCAACUUGGUAAGUGGAACGAAAUAGGAGUGUCCGAUAAUUGACGCAGGCGAAAACGUACUCAUGUAACGUGUCACCGUAAACAUUAAUAGAAAUAUUUAGAAAUACAUUUUCUUGCGGUGUUAAACGAGUCGUACAAGUUAAAAAGGACAUAUCUCUCGAAAACCGUUAGUUUGGGUAAGCUUAUACAUAACGUUAAUCUAUAAAUAGACUUAGCAUAUCGAUUUUUUAACAAACUGUCCGAUAACUGAUGCAGCUACGCUACUUUUGUCCAGAACAAAAGUAAUUUCCCAUUGCUUUCACAAUGACAGAAUUCCAGUGGGUCAAAAGUUUACAUACACCAUGUUUACUGCAUCUUUAAACAGCCUAGAACCUUUUGGAAAAUCCUAAAGAAAUCAGCCAAGAUCUUAGAAGAAAAAAAUAAUUGACUUCCAAAAGUCUGGUUUUUCCUUGAGAGUGAUUUCCAAAAGUUUGAAGAUACCACGCACAUCUGGACAAACACUAUUACACAAAAAUAAACACCACGGGAACACACAGCCAUCGUUCAAGAAGUAGAAGUGUACUGAAUCGUAGAGAUGAACUUAUUUUGAUGCGAAAGGUUCAAAAGCACCCGAGGACAGUCAAGGAACUGGUGAAGUUGUCGGAGGUAACGGGUACGAAAGUAUCUACAUCGACAGUGCUGUAUCGUCAUAACCUCAAUAGGCUGCUCCCCGAGGAGGAAGCCACUCCUCGAAAACCAGCAUGAAAAAGAAAGACUAAUGUGGCAGAUGAGCACUGUGACAAAAACUGUGACAAUUUAUUCUGGUCAGAUGAGACAAAAAUACAACUGUUUGGCCAUAAUGAUGCAUUGGAGGAGGAAGGGGUGAGGCGUGUAACCUAAAGAACACCAUCCCAACCAUAAAGCACGGGGGGGUAGGCUGCAUCAUGUUGUGGGGGUUUGCUGCAAGAGGUACUAGUGUAUUGUCUAGAAGGAGAGCUAUGUGGAUAUUUUGAUAACUUUGAUAACUUCAUCUUGAAGACAUCAGCAAGGAGGCUAAAGCUUGGACACAGAUGGAUCUUUCAGUGAAACAAUGCUCGUAAACAUACCUCAAAUCGUAAAACAAAAUGGAUUAUGGACAACAAAGUAAAAGUUUUGGAGUGGCCAUCAUAAAGGCCUGUCAUUAAUCUAGUAGAAAAUGUGUUGGCUGAACUGAAAAAGAGGGUACGUAAUGCGAAAUGUGUCGUGCUAUCUAAAAUAUUGUCGGCCAUUAACCUCUCAGAUAGAGGUGGUGGGCUGAAGCAAGAAAAGGUCCAAGAGGAGCUCAUGCAAGGAGGCCCACAAACCUGAUUCAGUUGUAUGAGUUCUGCCUAGAAGAAGUGUUGUGUGAAGCUUGUGGAAGCGAUUCCAAGCGUUUGAUUCAAAUUACACAAUUUUAAGGCAGUGUCACUAAAUAUUACCAAAUUAUAUGUAAACUUUUGACCCUCUGAGAAUGUGAUAAAAUACAAACUGAAAGUUAAUAUCCUUCUAUUAUUCUGAAAUCAUCAUCAUCAUCAUCAAGAUUAAGUAGUUGGACUGAUUGAACUCAACGAGGGAAUAUGUAUUGAAGUGAAAUGUUUGGAAUUGUGAAGAGUUUGGAUGUAUUUAGCCAAGGUGUGUAAACUUCUGGCCUCCACUGUAUCAGAGGCCUCAUUGAUAUAGCGGUGCCAUUAUUCUAGUUAUUUACUGGUGUUGCCUGUUUAUUAUUCUCUCUUUCAAUUUUAUUAUUGCGCAUCAACGUUUUUGUGGUCUUACUAUAUUUUGUUUAUUAUUGUUUAUUUUUACCACCAGUGUUACUACCAGUGUUUGUAACUUUUGAAUAUACAUGAUAUAAAUCUUGUAAGGAUAUGUUUUUACUUUGUAAUUUAAAAUCUGUGAUGUUACAUAACGGUGUGUAAGAUAAAUGAGAUUGUACUUAUUUUACUUUUGUUAAUGUGGACACUGAAGUCUUUCUUGGAAUAAAACCAAUGUUAUUCUCA